AUGCCGCCGACCGCCGGCGCCGUCUCGUUACCAGACGAGAUAAUCUUCGACAUCCUCACCAGAGUGCCGGUGAACUCGGCGUGCCGAUUCCGAUGCGUCUCCAGCGAGUGGCGCGCCCUCAUCACCGAUCCAGACUUCGUCGCCGCGCACAAGUUCCGCCAAGCCGAGCCUCUCGUCGCGGUUUACUCCUUCCGAGAAGAACCUAGCAAGGGGGCCGAACUGCGGCUGGUCGACAUGGACGGCAACACUGUGCGCGUGAUCAAGGUCAAGGAUGGAGGCGGAUCUAGCAACAAGCUCCCCCGCCACGACCCUAUAUGCAUCACCGACGAUCAUUCUGGCGCAUGCCUGGUCGACCCUGCCACCGGAGAGGUGCUGGCGGCCUGCCCGAGAGCGAAUUCACUCGUCAUGUGCUUCGGCCGGGCCGUCCCGUCCGGUUCGUACAAGGUGGUCCGCUUCGUCCGCGACCAGAGGUGCCAUGUUCUUACUCUAACAGAUGCCACCGGAUGGAAACGACGUGGCCGCCGCCAACCCGCGUCGAAUGUUACCCGGGCUCCGUGA